CAAUGGAGGGACUUCCCAAACUGCCAGGUUUGCAAAUUGAGGACCACACCAAGCAGAAUCAUCAUUUAGCACAUAGUCUGAAGAUAAGGAAUGGGUAUCGUGUAGCUGAGGAGCCAAUGUGUGGAAUCGGGCGUGACGCAAUUUUCCGCGAUCAGGCUGUUCAAUUCAUCUCAAAAGCUAACGACCCUUUGCUGUAUGACCCAAUUCUCACAUACGGAUGCAUCCGAAAACCCCAAAUACCACCCUUUUGCCCACAUUUUGUGCAAUACGACAAGAUGAUUCUCACAUUCAGGGGCUACUUCCGGCAAGAAGUUGCCGAACUUCCUGAGGAUGCUAAUAGAAUUCGUUACGUGAAUAUUCUGUAUUUCCUGGAGGACAACACAAUAACCGUACUGGAACCACAAAUUCAAAAUUCCGGCUUCCCUCAAGGCAGAAUAAUUCGACGAAGCAGAAUAACCAAGAACUCCUCUGGGGAAUAUUACACUUGGAAGGACAUUAAUAUUGGCAGUCAAUUAAAUUUGAAUGGUAUCACCUUCCAUGUGACAGGUUGUGAUCCAUUCACUCGGGAAUUCAUGCUAAGCCAGGGAAUUGAAUUAGAAGAACUGGAAACUAAGUACACCCACUCAAUGUACACAGAUACAGUUGAGAGUUCAGAGAUUAAGCCCCAAUCGGAUGGUAAAUUGAGAAGAUUUCUCGAGUACCAGGGGAAGGUUUUGCAUUUCGAUUGUGUAUUGGAUGAGACAGAUCGUCCUGGAGGAAAUUAUAUGACCUACAAACUUUUCUACUAUCUCGAAGAUGAUACCAUUUCGAUAAAAGAGUUGAAGGAAAAUCGCGAAGGACGUGAUAGAUUCCCAUUGAUGCUAAAGAGGACAAAAUUAGAGAAAAAUCUCCAUCAUCCACCUGUUGAAUAUCCCGCCAAUGAGAAGGAUAAAAAGGAUAAAUGGGUAGAUUAUUACAGUCCAUCGGACCUGAUGAUUGGGGAGAUAGUCAGUGUCUAUGGAAGGAAAUUUCUUUUGGUCGAUUGCGACGAAUUCACCCGGAGCUACUAUGCUAAAGUACUUAAGAAGCCCCAGAGGGAGAAGUUUGUCUUUCAUCCACCGAAAAAAAUUGCCACAAAACCCGAUAUUCCACCCUAUUUGGGCCUUGGAACACCUGAAGAUUCUCUAGCUUCCCAUUUUAAUCUGGUGGCAAAACCACCUAAGAAGGAUAUCAUAAAUUAUUUGCAGAAUGUCAACAAAUACCUAAGAUAUGGAUGUAGUUUGGAGUCACCACAUCCGGAGGAUAAAAACAGGAAAUUUAUCCUUCAGUUCUGCCUCUCGGAUGGCACAAUAACAAUAAUGGAGCUCAAAAUACCCAAUUCCGGAAUGAUAGGAGGACGAUUUCUCACAUCGCAGAAAGUAUGGAAACCUGGCUGUGAUCCCCAUCAGCCGGAGUACUAUACACCUAAGGAUAUCCUCAUAGGAUCAACUCUAAUCAUCAACUCACAUCGUUUCCUCAUAAACAGUGCAGAUUUGUAUGUCUACCGAUACAUGCAAGAGCAUCCUGAACUCUUCACGGAUCAAGCUAUGGAAAGUGUCCGGAAGUACCAUAUUUCAGAGGGAAAUCUACGCCCAGAGACCGGGGAAACCCAGAAAAUUCCCUUAACUACUACAGAAACCUUCAAUGAGCUCACUGAACUUGAGCAACACUUGAAAGAUACGAAUUUGUGCGAUAGGGAGAAAGAUCAAUUUAUCGGCAAGUAUCAUGAGAUUGAUAAGGUGAAAGGGAGCUUACCAGGCCAAGAAAUUGAUAUCGCAGACCUUCGUCGUGAUGAGUGCAAAGACAAAACAGUGGGAAAGGGAAAUGAUUGUGUUGGAUAA